UUUCUGGUUCCUCCAAUCAGCUUUCUCCAAAUUCUCUCGCGGUCCUUGUUCAAAACACAGUAACCGACUCCUGAGCAGCGUCGUUGUAGCAACGUUGUAGCUUUAAUCAUCAGGAAAGGGGACGUAGGAGGCUUGAAAGCGGCAUCUUGCUGUUUAAAAUUCCAGAAUGGCAGAGGGAGGAGAUGUGGAAUGGGAGCUAAGCAAAGAAAACAUCCAGCCACUGCGGCGUGGCAGAGCCAUAUCAGCCUUACAUCAGGCGCUCAGUCAACAACAGGAUGGAGUCAGCUCUGCCAUCAACCAGCAGAGACAGGCGUUUGAAUCUGAAGUGCGAAUGUAUGAAGGAGAUGAUCCACUUGAUGUCUGGGACCGCUAUAUUAAGUGGACAGAGCAAACCUUCCCCCAGGGAGGAAAGGAGAGCAAUCUCGGCACACUGCUGGAACAGGUUGUGACGAGAUUCACAGACGAAAAGAAAUAUCACAACGACCCUCGCUAUGUUGACCUCUGGAUCAAAUUUGCAGAGAACUGCACCGAGCCCUUGGACAUUUACAGGUACAUGCAAGCGCAGGGAAUCGGAGUGACACAGGCAUCCCUCUACAUCGCUUGGUCUGAGGAAUAUGAGAAUCAGGGAAACUGUCGCAAAGCAGACCUGGUCUACCAGGAAGGAUUCAAGAAGUGUGCCGAACCGCAUGAUAAGCUCCAACAGUUUCACAAGGCUUUGCAGGCACGAGUGUCCCGACAGGUGAUGAUGAAUGUGGAAGAGGAUGACAGCGACAAUGAACCUAAACAACUCGAGAGAGUUUCUCUUGCCGACCUCAAACAUAGAGGGAAGAAAAAGGCUAUUGCCCCAGUCAACAGAACUGGGCAUGCAAUUAGAAGUAUUUCUGGAGGCUUACUGUCACAUGGUGCCCCCGUCCUUGGCAAUGCUUCAAAUAGUCGGUUAGUGAUUUUUGAUGAGACCAAGACACAAAGUGCCGGCCCUUCGGAGCCCAAGUUGGAGUCCUGGGUGGCCCCUCCUACCUCAAAGGCAAAGGAGAAUGAGCAGAGGCCUGAAAGAUGGUGUGAUGUCAAGCUGCCCCAGAAGUCUAAAUAUGGACGUACUAUUAUGGCCCCACCACCUCCCAAACCCACCUUCCAACCAUUUGUGGAGGAGACAGACCAGCCUCCAACAAUGACUCCAUGUAAGAUCAAUCCGGCGGUGAACACAGUUUUAUCGUCUCGUAAGCCCUGCAGAGAGGAAACCCCUCUAAAGAGACUACAGGAGCACCAUCAGCAACAGCAGAAGGCAGAAUCAGGAAAACCUCAAGAGCAGAGCAUGUACUGUAAAGAGCUGCUGCUCAGCGGCGCCACCGAGUUCUGCUUUGAGGAAGUGCGGGCUGAACGCUACUUCAAAAAGAUGGCACAGGAAUCAUUGGAAGUCAGAGGUCAAACAGAUAAAGCUAGUGCCAAUGCUUCAAACUGAUACAUCUAAGAAGACUGAAGAUUUGAUAUUGCUUUUUUUAUGGAGUUUUACUUUCAUUUAGACAGAACUUUACAUGCAAGUAUCAUGUCAUUACUUUUAUGUAUUGUGUGUUAUCCUGCUAUAAACGUGUUUGUUUAUUGAGAUUCAGUUACUCAGAAAGGUAAAGAAUACAAACGGGUUCAUAAAAUCACUUUGAACUGAAGACUUGUUAUUUUAGUUCUGUUGGACUGGAUAAAAUACAAAAAACUCUUUCUGGUACAAAAUUUGACAAACUAGGCCCAACGUGGAAUAACGUCUACACAAUUUCAACUAAACUUUAGUAAUUUAAGUAAAAUAAGUGUCAUAGUCUUAUCUAAAACGCUACUGGAUUGUACCUGUCAUGUGUCCACUGUUUGUAAAUACUAAACAUGCUUUUCUACCACAGCACAAGUCUGAUUUCACUAUUUUUUUCCCCCCAUUUUUCUUAACUGUAUUGUUCUUAAGAACAACGUUUUUUAUGUUUGUGCUGCUUUUUUAUUCAGUUGUAAAACAGGUAUUUUAGUACAAUCCAGCACAGCUGAACGAUGGCCUCAGUGAGGAGAUUUAACAGGGUUUCAUCUCUCAGUCUGAGUGAAAUGUCCCUUCUAGGCCAUGUGUCACUGGUGUUCAAUAAACUUGUUAAAACGUC